CGGACGUUGUCGUCAACUUUUGCCGGUGUUGAAGUACCCCUGGACCCAUUCCGUCAACUCUGUUAAACUCUCAGAGUAUGGGCAGUGUGUUGGCUGCCGCCUCCCCCAGUCCGGCACCAGCCGCAGCUGGAGGUGGUCAGGGGGUCCCAGGGUUGGUGUCCGUCCCUCCAGGGUUCACUAUGCCCCAAGUAUCUUCCGUCCCUUCAUCAUCUGACCAGCAGACAGCAGAUGCGGAUUCCCCACUCCCAAAUCCAGGCACAUAUGAGGAGUGCCACCGCAAAUGCAAAGAGGUGUUCCCUCUGCAGAUGGAAGGAGUGCGGUUAGUGGUCAACAAGGGCCUUAGUAACCACUUCCAGGUCAGCCAUACGGUUACCCUCAGUACUCUUGCUGAUUCUGGUUAUCGAUUUGGUUCCACCUACGUAGGCAGUAAACAGACUGGACCAACAGAGUCAUUCCCAGUCAUGGUUGGAGAUAUGGACAAUACUGGCAGUCUGAACGCCCAGGUCAUCCAUCAGCUGACGUCUGCUGUGCGCUCCAAAAUAGCAAUCCAGACUCAGCAGCAUAAGUUUGUGAAUUGGCAGUGUGACAUGGAGUACCGUGGUGAAGACUUCACCUCCGCUGUUACCUUUGGAAACCCAGACAUACUUGUUGGAUCUGGCAUUUUGGUGGGCCACUAUCUCCAGUCUAUCACACCAUCGCUGGCACUGGGUGGUGAGAUAGUAUACCAUAAGAGACCAGGGGAGGAAGGAACUGUCACCUCCCUCUUGGGCAGGUACACAGGUGACAACUAUGUAGCUACAAUGACUUUGGGUGGCGCAGGAGCCCAUGCUACAUACUAUCACAAAGCCAAUGAUCAGUUGCAGAUAGGAGUUGAAUUCGAAGCCAGCACAAGGAUGCAAGACACCACAACAUCUUUUGGUUACCAGUUGGAUGUUCCCAAAGCUAACUUGCUCUUUAAAGGCACGGUUGACAGUAAUUGGGUGGUUGGGGCAACCCUUGAAAAGAAGCUGUUGCCAUUGCCUCUCACACUGGCCCUUGGGGCUUUCCUCAACCAUCGCAAGAACAAGUUCCAGUGUGGGUUCAGUGUCACUAUUGGCUAGAGGAGCUGGAGCUGCCUGGAGCCAGCUCGCAGGCCACAGCUUGGACCGGCACACAGACACACGGGAACCUGGACUGAGUUUUAGAAAUUGGAUUCAGAGACUCUCUUACAACUGUGAUUUCUGGGACAUACAGAGAGACAAAGACAAAUACCAAGGAGCCAGGACUGGCCAAGCCAUGCCUACAUUCUGUAGCACAAAUGUCUUUCCUUUAUGGUGUAUUGGAAUAUACCCAGAGGCUAGAGAGAUGUAUAUCAGAAGGCAUCAGGUGAUGCAUGAGAACAUGUGAUGUUAAAAUCAAAGUAAGUGGUUAGACAUAAUAUAUGGUGAUCAUGUAUGAUGGAUUGAAAUAAAUGUGAUUACGUUUUGUACAGCCGGAUGUUGUAAUUGUUUAUAGAACUGGAUGCAGUUCAGACAAAACUUAAUGUAUUUAUCUAUCAUUUGUGAAGCUUAUAAUGGCCUAUCUUUGUUGAUUGUGCCAGAGAUGAUCACUGAACUGAUCAUUUCUUUCAACCCAGCACAUAAAAUAACACAUAAUAUAGUUUGAUGCAACGCACUAAAAUAUCCCAAGCUGUGGCCUCAAAAACGAUCAAAGUUUUUUAGCUGCUUCAAGUAUACAAUGAAAUUAGUCAUCCAGUAAACAUUUUACUUCAAUUUAACAUCUUCCUGCUCAUUGUUUUAGUUUGCAAGCCUGCAACUUUUUACUCUUUUAGUUCAGUUACUGCUCGUGUCUUUUCCAGAUGCUGGUAUGCCACCUGGCCAGCACCAAAAAGCAGACAAAGCUAGUGACCAGCUGGUGAACAUAAUUGAUGCUUGAAUGUGAAUGUUUCUCUGUAUCCAUUGGAUUUAUAAAUGAGCAACUC